UAGCCUGCUCGCCAAGUUUGCUAGUAGUACAGCAGUUGUGCUCCUCGCCCUGGAUGAUGCCGUUUCGGACGGUUGACAUCCCUUCAUGAACAACCGGUUAAAAGCAUUUUGCACCCUGGGGCAAAUUAAAUUCGCGUUCAUGGUCGCAUUAACUUGUCCAAGGUGUGCCGGGGUGCCGAGUCAUCGCCAACAUGGACGUGGUGUCGCCCGAGCUCAACAGCCUCCUUCCAGAUGAAAUCAUGGACAUGGAGGCCGUUGAGGAGGUGGCUCAAUCCAGCCAGGACGCGUCCGUCGCCAUGGAAACGGAUGCGUCCCCGGAGAGCGUUGUCACAUCGACGGAGCACGUCGUCACAUCGACGGAAUACGUCUUAUCAGCGUCAAGUUUGUCCUCCCCGCUGGUGACGCUGAGACCGGCGCUGGCCACCUCCACUGCCGCCACCAGGACCACGGACAGCAUCGCGGGGACGACGGUCACCACCAGCGCCUUGCAGAAGCUCACGGUGCCGCUCAGCAUCUCCGCCGCCAACCAUCAGAUCAUCCUCAACAAGGUGGCUUCGGCCCAGGCCACGGAGGCGGCGCGUUCGGUGGGGGGUCAAAAGCUUCUGGUGACCACCAUCGGGAAGACGGGACAGCCCAUCGUGCUGCAGCUGCCCCACGCCGCCGCCAAGGCAGGGGGAGCGGCGGGCGUGGCCGACGCAAAGUCCAUCAAGUUGGUGGCCAUCGGCGGGAGGUCGGAUUUUAAGCCAGCGGUUGGGAGCGCAGUCGGCUUACAAGGGCAGCAGCUCCAAACCUUGCAGAUUGCAAAGAAAACGCCGGCGUCCUCCGCUCCGCCGAUCAAGUACAUCAUCAACAAGCCGGUGAACAGCAAAGUGCUGAGUCCGCAGACAUCGGGCUCUCCCGUCAUUGCGGGACGUGUCCUGGCGCAGAAUUCGCCGACGAUGCCUCAGAGGACGAUCACUCUCACAGAGUCCCCGCACAACACCACCAUCAGCAUCCAGAGCAUCGCCGGCAAAAAGAUCGCCAUCUCCCCCCUCAAGACCCCUAGCAAGGUGACGGUGGUGUCUGUGGCGUCGCCGACCUCCGGGGGGACUCAGAAGUCGAUGACGCUGCCGGUCAGCGUGGCGCUAGGCCAGCAGAUCCUCUCCAUGCAACAAUCUACCACGGUGUCGCCCGUCAAGGUGGCCGCCAGCCAGGCAGCGGCGCAGAAUAUCAAAUCGGUGCAGGCGCUGGGCGGCUCCCAAUUCAAGACCAUCAUCCCGCUGGCGGCUCAGCCCAACAUGCAGCCGAUCCAGGUGCCGGGAAGCCGCUUCCAUUACGUGCGCCUGGUCACGGCCACCACGGCAAGCGGCGCCGUGCAGCCCAGCGCUCUCAGCACCAGCACCAUGCAGACAGCUAAACCCAUGGUGGUCAGCACGGGGGCGGUGAGAAUGUCGGUCCCGAUCGUUACGGCGCAGACGGUCAAGCAGGUGGCGCCCAAACCUCUAACGUCGGGAGCCCAAGUGAUAGGCGGCACAGCCACCCAGCAGCGCCUCAUCAUGCCCGCCACCGCGCUGCCGCAGCUCCAGCCCAACUUCGCCAACCUGCCGCCGGGCACCGUCCUGGCGUCGGCCCCGGGCGGCGGCAACGUGGGCUACGCCGUGUUGCCGGCGCAAUACGUCACGCAGCUGCAGCAAGCGCCCAUCGUGACCCUCGCCAAUAACUCCACUUUUCAAACCUCCGCCGCCACCAUCCAGACUCAGGCCCGGCUCCCGCUCAAUGGCAUGUCGGCCGAGGCGGCGUCGCGGCCGAGGAAACCAUGCAACUGCACCAAGUCUCAGUGUCUCAAGCUAUAUUGCGACUGCUUCGCCAACGGCGAGUUCUGCAACAACUGCAACUGCAACAACUGCUUCAACAACCUGGAGCACGAGGCCGAACGCUCCAAAGCCAUCAAGACGUGUUUAGACCGCAACCCGGAGGCCUUCAAGCCAAAGAUCGGCAAGGGCAAAGAAGGCGAGUCGGACCGGCGCCACAGUAAAGGCUGCAACUGCAAACGGUCGGGUUGCCUGAAGAAUUACUGCGAGUGCUACGAGGCCAAGAUCAUGUGCUCGUCCAUCUGCAAGUGCGUCGGCUGCAAGAACUUCGAGGAGAGCCCCGAGAGGAAGACGCUCAUGCACCUAGCCGACGCCGCCGAGGUGAGGGUCCAGCAGCAGACGGCUGCCAAGACCAAGCUCUCCUCGCAGAUCUCAGACCUGCUCAAGAGGACCACGCCCGUCAUCUCAAGCGGCGGUGGCAGACUCCCAUACACGUUCGUUACAAAGGAAGUGCUGGAGGCGACGUGCGAGUGCCUCCUGGAGCAGGCCAAGCGGGCAGAGCAGGCGCGGCAGCCUCAGGCGGAGGCAGAGCGCUUGAUUCUGGAGGAGUUCGGACACUGUCUCAUGAGGAUCAUCAACUCGGCGGGCAAAGCCAAAACAGACUGUGCCGGCAUCAACAGCUAGGCCGGCUCCGAACGGACACAUAUGGAGCAUCAGAGACGCUCGUUUUGGCGCAAAAGUAGCGCUCCGCUUCCAGCUUUUAUUCCCCCCCCCCCCCCUUUUUAUACUCUUUUGCUGUCCUCUUUCCUAUCUGAUGUUUUAUGGUGAAAAUAUGGUGUCUAAUGCUAUAUUUGUGCUCCCACUAGAUAAAACGCAACACAUUUUUGAUAUUUAUUUUGACAAGUAUUUGUAAUUAGUCAGUGCUAAUCUUAUGUUGCUUACACUGUUCAUUAAUAUUAUUGUUAUCAUUAUUAAUAAUAACCAAGGAUACAUCUAUUCGGAAUCUGCGCACUUACGGAAUGACUCAAAACUGGCCAAACAUUUGCAAUCCUCAUGCUAAAGAAAAAGAACAGUAUUUGGCGGAUACACAAUGGAAGAAGCACAGAAAUCAACAAAACAUCCAAAUCCGGCGGUGAGUAUGAUUGGUUGACAGUGUGGUGUGCCUUUUUACAUGUUGGUGGAACACAGUACAACAGUUUUUAAUCGCUUCAAAACCACCCUAAUACAUUUUUGAUUCAUGCGCUUAUUCAUCUCCUGUCAAUCACAAACACUAUUGUAAAGAACGUAUUCGGCAUUACAGCAACCUUGUGCAAAACUCUGUACAUUAGCUAAAUUGUACAAAAUAAAACAAAUAUUUAGCUAUGUAUUGAAUUCAAAACA